ACAGAAAACAACGUGCUGCUGCUCGGUUCGUUUGAAAAUGUACAGUUUAUAAAAUUACUCGUUAUUCGUAUUAAUUUUCUGGUUUAUCACAUUUUGAAUCAGUGAACAAUAAGUAAUCUUCCAGUAGUUCGGUAAAAACACCGCGGCGGACAAAUGGCCGGCCUCGAGCUGAUUAUCGGAACGUACGAGGAGUACACAGUGGGCUACAAAGUGGAACCCUUCAAAACUGACCCCUCCCGGCAGUACUUGAAGGAAAUUUUCUCAACACACAAUCACACCGCCUCGGUGCGGGCUCUGGCUAGUCACGGAAAAAUCCUAGCCUCCGGAGGAGCGGACGAUCGCAUUUGCCUGUUUGAUCUCGAGCACGGCACACUACGGGAUGAAAUGCUGCACCACAAUGGAACGGUUAACUGUUUAACCUUUUCGCCAGACGGAUGCUUUCUGUUCAGUGGCAGCCACGACGGGGCCAUUUCGGCUAUCAACGUUAAAAAAUUAACGGUCGAGAAAACGUGGAAGAAUGCGCACAAAAGCGCUGUUCUGUGCAUUAGUAUCCAUCCGCAGGGUAAACUAGCACUUUCGCUUGGAGUCGAUAUGCAGCUGCGAACGUGGGAUUUAGUAACGGGGAGAACGAUUUAUACGCGUGGUUUGCGUAACGAUCCGAAAUUCGGCGGUUCUCUAUCGUGGGUCGAUUGGAGUCCGGACGGAUUGCAUUUUGCGCUCGUCGGGAACCGAGUGGUGGAUGUCAUCUCUACGGAAACUACCAAAUCGGCACGUACCGUUAGUUGUACAAGUAAACCGAUAUCUUUUUGUUGGAUUUCCGAUACGGAAAUCGCCGUUGGAUUGGACGAUGGACACUUGCUGAUGUUUGGUAUUGCCGCUGGAGAGCAAGAUGAACCGGAGAAGAUUAAAGCUUACGAGUCGCGGUUGAAAGCGAUAGCAGUUGUCGGAGAUUAUUUGGCUACGGCGUCUAGCGCGGGCGAUAUUAGUCUGUGGAAAAUCGAUGGAGAUGAUUUUCGCGAACUUUGCACUACAAACAUUGGCUGCCGGCCGACCUGCUUGUUACUGGUGGAAGCCGAUCGACUCGGACUGCACCAGUAUCUGAAACAGGUGGAAGAUAGUAAGGAGGAAUUGAAACAGCAACUGAAGACUAUUCGAUCGGUUGAAAAGGUGACGGUUGAGUAUGAGGAUUCGCUACAGGAGGACGGUGAUUCGAUUGAGCAGAAAAAGAAACGGAAGAAAAAACGGCAGCCAGAGGAAAGUGGUAUUUUUGGGGAAUCGUCGAGUGAGAAGAAAAAGCAAAAAACUAAUGUUUUGCAAUUGAAGCCAACAAGCAGUGCCAAGAAAAAGAACAAAAAAGUUGCUAACCGAAGCUCAAUUGGAGUAUGGGACGAGGAGGACAUCUGAGAGGCGUAAGAGAAAUAAAAUGUUUUGUUAUUGUACCAGAGAUAGUGUCUUUCUUGUGAAGACAUUGAAAACGAUUCAAUAAAUAGGUUGUGAAAGUCUCAUGUUUUUUGAAA